AUGGCAGUCACAUCUCAGGAAUUGGAGGUUCUCUCCACAAAGGCCAUCGCUGCCAAAGCAACUGCCUACUGCCCUUACUCCAAAUUUCAAGUUGGAGCAUGUAUCCUCACUACCAGCGGUGAAUUCAUCACUGGUGCGAAUGUUGAGAAUGCCGCCUAUCCUGUAGGAACCUGCGCAGAGCGUGUGGCCUUUGGAACAGCCGUGGUGGCUGGACAUAAAGAUUUCAAGGCUCUCGCAGUCGCCACAAAUAUCAGCCCUCCUGCAUCGCCCUGUGGAAUGUGUAGACAGUUCAUCCGCGAGUUCACUGGGCCCGAUUUCCCCGUCUUCAUGUACGACGGCGAGGGUAACCAUAAGAUGAUGACAAUGGACGAGCUACUCCCUGACUCCUUCGGUCCGGAUCAGUUGAAAUAG